AUGGAGCGCCGUGGUGUGAGGGCCGCCGUGGUGCUGCUGUGCCUUACCCUACACCUACACCACACGUUCGUGCCCAUGCCCUCUCCGGCGAUCUUCGGCCUGCGGGAGCGGCAACGUGAGCAUCGGCGAGGCCUAGCAUGUCACUAUGCCCAUGGCGCUGCAGGCGUGAAGGGCAAGGAUGUGGACUUGGAGGAGCUGGCGAUGGAGAAGGAACGGGAGGCCGCGGCUGCGGGACUGACCCUUGAUAAGCGCCUGGCCAAGCUUCGCAAAGCUGAGGACUUCAUCCGAUACGCGAAGUCACACGGUGCUUCCGUCGCAUCAACGAAGUCGAGGCGCAUGCGUAUCUCAAAAGAUGGUGUUUGGCACGACGUCGCCGGCCAGGGGAGCGGAAAAGAGCUCAUGAAGAGCGAGCGCACAAAGAUGCUCACGUCGUUCAAGGCCAUGGGCAUCGCUUUCAAGAGCAAAGCAUGA